AGGGGCCGUCCUGCCUCGGUCCUCCCGCCCCUGGCCGGCCGGGCCAUAAAGCGCGGGCGGCGUCCGCAGAGCCCAGUCGGGCAGCAGCGCCCUUCGGACGGCAGAGACUCCUGUGGACCCCGGGCAGCGCGUUCCCCGCGGAGCAGGAGCAGAGCCCAGACAUGCAGGCCCCGCGCCUCGCCGCCGCCGCCCUCCUGAUGCACCUGGCCCUGCAGCCGUGGCUGGGGUCCCAGGCCGCCCCGCAGGUCUUCGACCUCCUCCCAACCUCCAGUCAGAGGCUGAAUCCUGGUGCUCUGCUGCCCGUCCUGCAAGACCCCGCCCUGAGCGAGCUGUACAUGAUCUCCACUUUCAAGCUGCAGACUAAAAGCUCAGCCACCAUCUUUGGCCUCUACUCAACUGACAACAGCAAAUAUUUUGAAUUUACUGUGAUGGGACGCUUAAACAAAGCCAUUCUCCGUUAUCUGAAAAAUGAUGGGAAGAUUCAUUUGGUAGUUUUCAACAACCUACAGCUGGCUGACGGGAGGCGACACCGGAUCCUCUUAAGGCUGACCAAUUUGCAGCGAGGGGCUGGCUCUGUAGAGCUCUAUGUGGACUGCAACCAAGUGGAUUCUGUUCACAACCUCCCCAGAGCCUUUUCUGGCCCCUCCCAGAAUCCUGAGUCCAUUGAGUUGAGGACUUUCCAGAGGAAGGCCCAGGACUUCUUGGAAGAGCUGAAGCUGGUAGUACGGGGAUCACUGAUCCAAGUGGCCAGCCUGCAAGACUGCUUCCUGCAACAGAGCGAGCCAUUGGCUGCCACAAGCACAGGGGAUUUUAAUCGACAGUUCUUGGGUCAAAUGACACAACUAAAUCAGCUACUGGGAGAGGUCAAGGAUCUUCUGAGACAGCAGGUCAAGGAAACUUCACUUUUGAGAAACACCGUCACCGAAUGCCAGGCUUGUGGGCCUCUCAGUUUUCAGUCUCCAACCCCAAACACACUGGUGCCUCCAGCACCCUCAGCACCCCCAGCACCCCCAGCACGCCUGCCACGUCGCUGUGACUCCAACCCAUGUUUCAGAGGUGUCCGAUGCACGGACACCAGAGAUGGCUUCCAGUGUGGGCCCUGCCCUGAGGGCUACACAGGGAAUGGGAUCACCUGCUCUGAUGUUGAUGAGUGCAAAUACCACCCCUGCUACCCAGGUGUGCGCUGCAUGAAUUUAGCUCCUGGCUUCAGAUGCGAUGCCUGCCCCGUGGGCUUCACGGGGCCCACUGUGCAGGGUGUUGGAAUAAAUUUUGCCAAGUCGAACAAGCAGAUGUGCAUUGAUGUUGAUGAGUGUCGGAAUGGAGCCUGUGUUCCCAAUUCUAUCUGUAUCAACACUCUGGGAUCUUACCGCUGUGGGGCUUGCAAGCCAGGGUACACUGGCGAUCAGAUGAGGGGUUGCAAAACAGAAAGAAAUUGCAAAAAUCCAGACCUGAACCCUUGCAGUGUGAAUGCAGUGUGCAUUGAAGAGAGGCAGGGGGAUGUGAUGUGUGUGUGCGGAGUCGGGUGGGCUGGUGAUGGCUUUGUCUGUGGAAGAGAUGUGGACAUUGACAGUUAUCCUGAUGAAGAACUUCCAUGCUCUGCUAGAAACUGCAAAAAAGACAACUGCAAAUAUGUACCAAAUUCUGGCCAAGAAGAUGCAGAUGGAGAUAGCACUGGAGAUGCCUGUGAUGAAGAUGCCGAUGGAGAUGGAAUCUUGAAUGAGCAGGAUAACUGUGUCCUGACUCACAACGUGGACCAGAGAAACAGUGACAAAGAUAUCUUUGGGGAUGCCUGUGACAACUGCCAAACUGUCUUAAAUAAUGACCAGAGAGACACUGAUGGAGAUGGAAGAGGAGAUGCCUGUGAUGAUGACAUGGAUGGAGAUGGAAUAAAAAACAUUUUGGACAAUUGCCAGAAAGUCCCUAAUCGUGACCAGCGGGACAAGGAUGGUGAUGGCGUGGGGGAUGCUUGUGACAGUUGUCCUGAAGUUAGCAAUCCUAACCAGUCUGAUAUGGAUAAUGAUCUGGUUGGGGACUCCUGUGAUACCAAUCAGGACAGUGAUGGAGACGGCCACCAGGACAGCACAGACAACUGCCCCACUGUCAUCAACAGUGCCCAGCUGGACACAGAUAAGGAUGGAAUUGGUGAUGAAUGUGAUGAGGAUGAUGACAACGAUGGCAUUCCAGACCUGGUGCCCCCUGGACCAGACAACUGCCGGCUGGUCCCCAACCCAGCCCAGGAAGAUAGUAACAGAGAUGGGGUGGGAGACAUCUGUGAGACUGACUUUGACCAGGAUCAGGUCAUUGACCGGAUUGAUGUCUGCCCGGAGAAUGCAGAGAUCACCCUGACUGACUUCAGGGCCUACCAGACAGUGGUCCUGGAUCCUGAAGGCGAUGCCCAAAUUGACCCUAACUGGGUGGUCCUGAACCAGGGCAUGGAGAUUGUGCAGACCAUGAACAGCGAUCCUGGCCUGGCUGUGGGGUACACAGCUUUUAAUGGAGUUGACUUUGAAGGCACCUUCCAUGUAAACACCCAGACAGAUGAUGACUACGCAGGCUUUAUCUUUGGUUACCAAGACAGUUCCAGUUUCUACGUGGUCAUGUGGAAGCAGACUGAGCAGACUUACUGGCAAGCCACGCCUUUCAGAGCUGUGGCAGAGCCUGGCAUUCAGCUCAAGGCUGUGAAGUCCAAGACAGGUCCUGGGGAGCACCUCCGGAACUCCCUGUGGCACACAGGAGACACUAGUGACCAGGUCAGACUGCUGUGGAAGGACUCCAGGAAUGUGGGCUGGAAGGACAAGGUGUCCUACCGCUGGUUCCUGCAGCACAGGCCCCAGGUGGGCUAUAUCAGGGUGCGAUUUUAUGAAGGCUCUGAGUUGGUGGCUGACUCUGGGGUCACCAUGGACACCACCAUGCGUGGAGGCCGACUUGGCGUUUUCUGCUUCUCUCAAGAAAACAUCAUCUGGUCCAACCUCAAGUAUCGCUGCAAUGACACCAUUCCUGAGGACUUCCAAGAGUUUCAAACCCAGCAUUUUGAUCGAUUGGAUAAUUAAACAGAGGAAGCAAUCUGUUACUGCUUUUCCAAACAUGAAAACUAUGUAUUUUUAAACUUCCUAUAAUUUCUUUACAUACAGUGUGGCUUUCUUUUACCAGCCCAAACAUAUCAGAACCUUUUAUAUGAAAGUGGAAAUAAAGGAUCAUUUCUAAUAACUGUGUUGCUGCCCAGAGUGCCUGUGUGUGGCUGGAGUUUGAUGGCAGAUGUUAUUCUCUGAAGGAUUCAUGUUCCAUUUGGGAGGUGAUCUUGUUUCCUCAAGCUGGAUAUUCUGCAAAGUUGAGCUUGUUCAUGUAUCAGAAGGCCCAGGCACAACACCUCACCUGUGGUUACCCUAGUUACCUUCACAUGAAAUGCCUCAACUCAGCAGCCCUCUCAUUCUGGGUAGAGAGUCUCAGAAACAUGAAUCCAGGGGCACCUUUCCUUCCCUAUGAAGACUCUUUCCAGCAAGGGGUUAUGGAGGAGAUCUUGUCUGCAGAGGAGGAGGAGAAAAAGUCAGACGAAUCCCU